AUGGGUCGACCGCCGGCCGCCGGGCCCUGUGAAGCCCCCGGUCUUCCGGCGAUUCGUUCUUCGCCUCCUUCCGCUUCCCGCUCCGCCUCGCCCGCCGUUUCGUGUCACUCGCGCCGCCAGUCUUCUUCGCGAGCUCCGCCCCCUUCUUCCCGCUGUCCGCCGUCGUCUGACAGCUCGUCUCCGCUUUCCGCGGCGCCUGAAUGGUUCUCUCGCCUCUCAUCUUCCUCAGCGUCUGGCUUGCCUCCGCGGGGCGUUUCUGCGACUCUCUUCUCUCCUGCGUCGCCUCCAAAUCCCUCCGCAGCCCGCGCUUCGUCUGCCUCCUGUUCCUCUGCCGCGGCGCGGCUCUCUCCUUCGCCGUUUGGUCGUUCUGACUCUCACGUCCCCCUUGUCUGUUUUCAUUCCUGGCCUUCUGGCUGCUCUUCUCUGCCGCGGAGAGCUUCCGUCUCGUCUUCCUCCUCGGCGAGGAGAGGCGACCUCCGGCCGUUCGCGCGUCAUCCUCUUCUCGUUGCUCGUUUGUUUCUUGCGCUGCAGUGUUUGGGCGCAGCUGCCUUCUCGGUUCAGUCUCGCGGCAGGGCGGCUCUGCAUGCGACGCCCGUCUCUCCCACUUCCUCCUUCGCUGCUGCGUCCUUCUCGGCUCGGGCGUCAUUUGCGUCCUUGUCUCCUCUUGCAUCUCCGUGGGCGCAGCAAAGCAGAGACGCGCCUCUGCCAGGCUUCACGCGCUGUGACGCGUUUGCGUUCGCUUUCGCCACCUCUGCAGCUUCGCGCCUGUCGGCUUCAUCCCUACGCGCCCGUGUGUCGCUCUCGGCGGCGCGCACCGCGUCUCUGCGUCUCUGCACUGUUCAGCGAGAGACGCGUUCUCCCGCUUCGCCGUUGUGCGUCGUCGCUGACGGCGCGCCAGGCAGCAGUUCGUCCGCGGCGCGGCUCAUCGGCGGCUGCGCGCGAGGUGAGCCAGAGACGUCUCUUUGCGCCGCGAAGCGCGCGCGGAGUGCGGGCGCGGAAAGCGCUUUUCCGAGUUUCGGCGCGAGCGACGGCGCUCCCGAGCGAGGCGACGCGCCCGCGCCGCCAGCAGCAGAGCAGAGCUCCGGGGAGGCCGUCGCGGGGGGCGGAGGGGAGGAUGAAGGCGAGGCGCAGGUCGCGGAGGCAGCACCCGUCGACGAAGAGGACGGGGAAGAGAGGGCGAAGGCCAUCGUGGAGGCGGAAAAACGCCUGAGGCCUUCCAAGGCGCUGGGGAGCGUCCUCUCGGCGGAGAGCCUCGAGGUGCAGACCCUGCUGAACGAGUCGAACAGCGGGGCUGGAGCCCAACACGCCUGGGAAGCAGACUACGAGGAUCUCGAGCCUUCCGGACCUUUUCAGCAGGCUUUCCUAAAGGCACACUACCGGAAGAACUUCCGCAUGCACGAAGCGGACUGCGGAAGCGAAGCGUUCCAAGUCGCCUCGCUGACGGCGCGCAUCAAUUACCUCACGCAGCAUCUUCUUCUGCACCGAAAAGACCUCUCGGCCGUCCGCGGCCUGCGCGCGCUCGUUGUCAGGAGACGAAAACACCUGCAGUAUCUCGCACGAACCAAGCCUGGCGUCUACUACCACCUCCUCCGCGCGCUUAACUUGAAGCCCGUAGUCGUUCCUGGUGCGUGA